CAACGACGUCAAUCAAGAUGACAAUUAAAACGUGUUGUUUUUGCUUCAGUAUUCGAGGUGGUGUAAUAUUUAUUGCAAUACUUUCAAUUAAAAUUAUUUAUUUAUUAGUUAUUUAGUAAUAUGAUAUUGAAUUGGAAUUGAAUACAAUAGAUCAAUAAUUGCCAUUCCAUGUCCAAAAAGUGAAACAAUAAAAUUCCAAAUAUUUAUUCCUGCAGUAUUUACUGAUGACGUCAGAAAAAUGUUUAUAUUUUUUUAUUUUAUAAGUUCUGGUCUAUUAUUAUUAAGCACACUACAGAAUGGAAGAAGUGGUUUUUUACCUUGGAUUUUUUUAUCAACAAUUGGCAUGAUUUUUCACAUUGAAUCAAUAAUAAGUGGAUUUUUAAAAAUGCUUGCAUAUUGUGAUUCAUCAUAUGGAUCACGUAUUUUCAUUCAGCUCAUCAUGAUCUAUGGCUUUGAAAUUUAUGCAAUUAUAAUUGUCUAUCAUUAUUAUAAACAAUUGGGUAAAGAAAUUGUUAAUCAAACAAAUGGACGUGUAUUUAGCUGUGAAGAUAAUGCCCAAAAUUAUGUUAAUAAUAUUCCUGAUGUUGUUACGUGUCCAAUGCCAAAUGAUUUACCACCUUCAUAUGAUCAAGUUGUUGGAAAUACACCACAACGUUAUCCAGUUUAUUAAAUUUUCCUUUUUUUAUUUGAAUUUAUUGUUAUAAUUUAAUAUUAACAUGCUCCAAAAAUUGUAAGUGAUGUAACUUUUUUUUUAUUAUUGAAUUACUUUUAAUUUUUUUUAUUUAUUUAUUCAGUAAUUUCUAAGUCGAUGUAAAUCAAUGAAUUUAACGACUGAUAAAUUUUAUAAUUUAAAAUUAUUAUUACUAUGAAUUAAUGAAAAAAAAUAUUGAAUAAUGAAAUAUAUUUUUUUACAAAUUUUCAUGAACUAAAAUAAUUUCACUGUAAAUCCAAAAGUGAAAUUUUUGUUUUUAAAAAUUGUGAUUAAAUUCAAUUUAUAUAAAAAUUAUAGUUAAUUAAAUUUUAAAAGAAAUUAAAAACAGCACAAUUUAAAUAUUACGUGUGAUAUAUGUAUAUUUUUUUUUCAUCUGUUAAAUAGUUAUAAAUAUUUAGUUUUAUUUAUAAAUUGUCUCAAGCUUAUCACCAUUUUUUUUUUUGGUAGAAUUCAUUUGAUUUUAUUUCAACUCACAAAUAUUUUUCAAUCAAUAAAUACUAAGAUGAAAUCUGUCAUCAUCCCUCUUGAUACAAAAUAAAAAUAAAGAAUUUUAUUUGAAAUAUUUAUAAGAAAAUUUGUCAUUAAUUUAAUUAUUAAUUUAUAAAUAAAAUAAUAUUCAUAAUAGUUAAAUAAAAAUUAUACAAUUUAUUUAUAAUAAAAAU